AUUUUGCGGUAGUUAGGUAUGUAAUUGCAUUAAUCGUAAUAGUCGUCGUCGUGUGUUGAAGUGCUUUACCUGCAGACUCCUAAGUCGGCCACGUGACGAGUCAGCUGGUCUCCUGCACAUCCUGACCUCCUCGCGACUGUUUACAAAGCUUCAUCUGUUCCAAACAGCCGAAUUCGGGCUCCUCUGUGAACAGAACGCAGUCAGAGACAUGGUCGUGUACGGACUACCCUUCUCCGGUUAAUACUUGGACACGUCCUCUUCUUCUCAGUCUUGGCUGAGGGGACUUAACGAGACCAUUGGGCCAUGCAGCACCCAAACUUCGAGACCCGCCACCCGCUCCAGGCAGACGAGCAGCAGGAGACAGGCUUCGACCCGCUCAACAUUAUCAAUAAGAACCACAGUAGAGGCUCACUUGACAGCGGCACUCACUCACAGUCAACCUUCCCCUCAUACAGGAAAGAAUGGGACGACUUGUUCCUCAACAGUAAUUACCUGGCCAGGAUCCGGCAGGCAGGCAUCAGCGGUAGACUGAGGAGCAGCCGCUUUCGGAGCGUAUGCUGGAAGUUGUAUCUGGAGGCGCUUCCGGAGGACAAGAGUCAGUGGAUCAAUAAGACCAAGGAGCUUCGAGGACAGUAUGAGAAGAUUAAAGAAACGCAUAUCACGAACCCUCGCAAGGCUGCAGGCCAACAGGAUUUGGUGGUCAAUAAUCCACUUUCCCAGGACGAAGGAAGCCUGUGGAACAAGUUCUUCCAAGAUAAAGAGCUGAAGGGGAUGAUCAAACAAGACGUAUUGAGAACGUUUCCUGAGAUUUGUUACUUCCAGGAUGAAGAUGUGCGGUCCAAGCUGACCGACAUUCUCUUCUGCUAUGCCAGAGAAAAUGAACAAUUACUUUAUAAGCAGGGGAUGCACGAAUUGCUGGCUCCCAUCGUGUUCGUGCUUCACUGCGACCAUCAAGCCUUCCAACACGCCAGCGAGACGGCGAGCCCCAGUGAGGAGAUGAAAUGCUUGUUGAAUCCACUGUACCUUGAGCAUGACGCCUAUGCACUCUUCUCGCUCCUGAUGGAAACGGCGGAGCCGUGGUUCUCCUGCUAUGAGAGAGAAGUGAGGCGGGGUAAAGAAGAGAUGCUUACCAGCAUCCCAUUUGCUCGGCCCCAGGACUCCGGGCCAUCUGUUGCCAUAGUGACCAAAGUCAACCGCAUCCAAGACCAGCUGGUGAAGAAGCACGACGUGGAGUUGCACAUGCAUCUCAACCGGCUGGAAAUCGCCCCGCAAAUCUACGGAAUCCGCUGGGUGCGUUUGCUGUUCGGUCGUGAAUUUCCUCUUCAGGACCUGCUGGUGGUUUGGGACGCUCUGUUUGCCGACAGCAUCACCCUGGACCUUGUGGAUUACGUCUUUGUGGCCAUGCUGCUCUACAUCCGAGACGCUUUGAUUGCGAGCAACUUCCAGACUUGCCUCGGCCUCCUGAUGCACUACCCGCCGCUCGGUGACAUCAACUCCCUGCUCCAGAAAGCUCUCUUUCUCCGAGAUCCCCGAAACCACCCUCGACCCGUCAACUACCAGUUCCAGCAGAACCUGGAUUACUACAAAACGAGGGGCGCCGACCUGAUGAAUAAGACACGUUCCAGCACAAAGGCCGCCCCCCUCAACAUCAACAAAGUGUCCAGCAGCCUGCUGAACUUCGGCAGGAAGCUCAUCGCGCCGGCCAUCUCGGCCGGCGACAAGGCAGGAAGUUGCGUCUGCCAGUCAAAGCGAUAA